AUGCCUCCGUACUUGGUUUUCGCGGCCAACGUCGCCGUCCUUCUGGCCUUCUGCUAUGUCAUCAUCAAAAAAGCUGUAGGCGGCAGCAGGAACACGCUCCCGCCCUCGCCGCCGUCAAUCCCGCUGUUCGGCCACCUCCACCUGCUAGGCCGCCUCCCGCACCGCUCCUUGCGUGACCUGCAGGCUCGGUACGGCACCGACGGCGGCCUCCUGUUCUUGCAGCUCGGUCGCAGGCGGACGGUGGUGGUGUCCACGGCUGCGGCGGCGGCGGACCUGUACAAGAACCACGACCUCGCCUUCGCCUCGCGCGUGCCCAGUGCGACGGUGCAUAAGCUCUCCCUAGGCUCCAACAACGUCUCCUUCGCGCCCUACGGUGACGCCUGGCGCCGCAGCAAGAAGUUGGCCGUGGUCCACCUACUUUCCCCGCGCCGCGCCGCCUCGUUCGGCCCCGUGCGCGCCGCCGAGGCAGCCGCCCUCGUCGCGGGAGUCCGGCGCGCUGCGGAGGCGGGUGAGGCCGUGGAGCUGAGGGAGCUCCUGUACGGGUACAGCAACGCGGUGGUCACCCGCGCGGCCACCGGCACGGCCGGGGCCACGGCGGAGGAGAUGAAGCAGCUUAUGGUGAACUCCACGGCGCUCAUGUCUGGGCUCCAGCUGGAGGACGUGCUCCCCGACGCAGCGGCGAAGGUGGUGAGGUGGGCGACGGGGCUCGAGAAGAGGCUCGACCGGCAGGUCGAAGCGUGGGACAAGUUCCUAUCCGAGAUGAUCGCGGAGCACCUUGAGAAGAAUUGUGGCGGCGUUGCAGGGGAGGAGGAUUUCCUAGACGUCUUGCUGCGGCUGAGGGAAGAAGGCACCACCGGACUCGAACUCACCGACGAUCGCAUCAAAAGCAUCGUCCAGGACAUGAUCUUCGCCGGGACCGAGACAUCAUCUGUCACGCUGGAAUGGGCCAUGGCAGAGCUCAUCCGAAAUCCAGGUGCAAUGGCCAUGCUGCGGGACGAGGUAGCCCGAGUCUCCAACGGCAAGCCGACCAUCGAGGAAGACGACCUAAGUAGGAUGGAGUAUCUCAAGGCAGUGCUGAAGGAGACGCUCCGGCUCCACCCACCGGCGCCGCUCCUCGUCCCGCAUGAGUCGACGACUGCGGCGGUCGUCCAGGGAUAUGAAAUCCCGGCGAAAACCGCGCUCUUCAUCAACGCGUGGGCGAUCGGGCGGGACCCGACUACGUGGGGCGACGCGGCUGAAGAGUUCCGGCCAGAGCGGUUCCUCGGUGGUGGCAACGUGAUGGGCAUCGACCUACGGGGGAACGACUACCAGCUCCUUCCUUUUGGCGCCGGCCGGCGAGUCUGCCCUGCCGUCAACUUCGUUCUUCCGAUGUUGGAGAUCGUGCUCGCUAGCCUCGUCGGCCACUUUGAUUGGAAGCUUCCCAUCGGGACACGGCUGGACAUGAGCGAGAGGCCGGGACUAACCACGCCGCCACUAGCUCCAAUGCGCCUCGUCCCCAAGUGCAAGACACUUGUUUAG